AGCAGGCGAAUUGCCGAGGAAGGUCGAACUGUCGAAGGGGAAACGAUAGUACGACCAUUCUAUAUUUAGAUUUUAUCAUCAGCUGACUUUGUCCGGCGUCGUCGUGUUUGUGACUUAAUAUUUGACAUGUAUAAACGCGGCGCGUUGAUAGUUUUGGAGGGUUGCGAUCGGGCCGGCAAGUCGACCCAAGUGAAGAUGCUGAUGAACGCGUUGAGCGAUCUGCGGAUUCCCGCAAAAGCACGUGCAUUUCCAAACAGGAAGACUCCUGUUGGGACCAUCCUAAAUAGUUUCUUGUCGAAAGAGAUAAAUGUGCCACCGGAGGCGGCUCACCUGCUGUUUUCUGCCAAUCGCUGGGAGUGCAAGGAGGACAUGGAGAAGGCACUUCUGUCCGGCACUACUCUGGUGAUAGACAGAUACGCGGCUUCCGGCGCUGUGUAUACGGCAGCUAACACCGGCAGAAGUCUCAACUGGUGUCAGCAGGCCGAUCUGGGUCUUCCGAAGCCGGACUGCGUGAUGUUCCUCAAGGUGUCCAAGCAGCAGCAAGAGCAGCGCGGUGAUUGGGGAAAGGAAAGGUUUGAGCAUGACGAGUUUCAACAGCGUGUCGAUGCCAAUUACGAGGAAUUAAAAGACAAUACUUGGACGAUUAUAAACGCCGAUCAGGACGAAUCGGCAGUGCACGCUGAAAUACUGCAGAAAACGCUGUCUGUUAUUGAAGAGGUUCAAUAUCGCAAUAUAGAAUUGUUAGGUGAAAAAAAAUGUUAAUAAGUUUCUAUUUUCACGUGUCUCUACCUUGCCGAUGAAUUACUACAUUAGUAAUUCUAUGCGGUACAUAUUUUCCAUUAUCUUGAAUAACAUUCUUGAAAAUAUUAAAUAGCUUAAACAACUAUUUAAUAUCUAAAAAAUUUAAAUAACUAGUAAUAACUAAUAAAUUUAAAUAACUUUUGUAUCAACUUAUAUAUCAACAACAUUGUAAAUCAUGUUAAUUAUUAUUUGAUAUUAAUUAAUGAUAUAUUAAUCAAUAUAAUUAAAACAUUAUAUUGUUGAA